UAGCUUCCGUUGCAGACCAUAAAGCCCCGACGUCGUCUAGGACGACGAGCACGCCUGGCGAUGCGCGACGCCAAUGUAUACCAUCUCAAAAGGGCGCUGCCCCGAAUGAGCUGGCAUCCGCGCAACCUCUACAACCUUUGGUGUCGGUCUGCUGGCGUGAAGGCGAAGGAAAUUGACUUCAGAAACACGAAUUUGACCCUAUUUGCCCAACGUUGGAGGGCAAAGUCUUUGCUCCGCGCAUACCACGGCGACUACAUCAAGGAGACGAUAUUCAAGCGGUGGUACCUACCGGAAACACUCCCGGACGUUCGUCGGCAGUCUGAAAAGACGAGUGCCGACGCAGCGUCGCUGAACAAGUGGGCCAAGCGCGAGGAGACGGCUGCUAAGGAGAUGAAGCGGCUCGAGGAGGAGCAUCAGAAGGGUCUGGCUCCCGUCGGCAGUCUGAUGUUCAGGGAGGUGGAGAGGCGGAUAGACGUGCUCAGUGUGUACGAGGCUCGGAGACUGGUGGUGCACGGCGACGUGAUGCUCAAUGGGAAGAAGCACACGAACCCCAAUACAAGGCUCGCGCCUGGGGAUAUGAUCUCUGUGGAUCCUCGGGCCAUCAGAUUCCUUCAAGCAAAGGCCGCCCCAAAGGAAAAAGUAAAUGAGAUCAGCGAAAAGGACGAGGCGGCGGACGAAGCAUAUGCAGACGCGGAGUCUGCCGACGAGGAGUCGCACUCCGACGCAGCGUCAGAUACACCUGAGGCUCCGAGCAAUGCGCCUCCCUCUCGUAGGGCGGCCUCUGAAGCAAAAUCCGCCUCCGACGCCAAAUCCGGCGCCAUGGACAAGUGGACGACCAUGAAGGACAAAAAGAACUUGACGCCCUUCCACCUCCCCCCGUAUGCGUCGCCCUUCAUCUUCAUUCCGGCGUACAUAGAGCCCUCGUUUGCGACGUGCUCGGCGAUCUACCUGCGGCACCCGACCGCGCGCCCGGGCUACUCGGAAAUCCCGACGCCGUAUGACGCGGACGGCGAGCUUAUGCGUAUGGGCUGGGAGUGGUACUCGAAGCGGCGCUCACGGAUUCGCAGCAAGAGUCAGCUGGCGAGGAUGCCGGAGAACAGGUUGCAGGGUAAAUUGACGUCGGGGUCAUUCUAGGGUAUGUUCGUUUAUUGCGCUAGAUAAUGUGACGUGCUAGAGUUCAUCUCA